AUGUUUAAAGAGCUAAUUGGUGAACCACGGUUAUGUCAUUUAUUGUCAGGUUGGUGUAUCGAUGAUAGAAGCUUUUCGAUACAUGCACCUCAAGAGUAUAGUCAAGAUUGUCUCACAAAUACUUACGAUCUUUUCUUUUGCACUUCAAUAGAUUCUUCUUCAACCGAUUGUCUCACGAAUACUUAUGAUCUUUUCUUUUGCACUUCAAUAGAUUCUUCUUCAACCGAUUGUCUCAUGAAUACUUACGAUCUUUUCUUUUGA